AUGGUUGAGAAGACCGAGGAAAAGAAGCUGCCUACGGUUCCGGAGACUAUAUUGAAACGGCGGAAACAACGUGCCGAGCAAAAUGCGCGAUCCAACGUCAGAAAAGCCAAACUUGCUGUAAAAGCGAAGAAAAAGCGACUUGAAAUUUUCAAACGUGCCGAGCAGUACAUAAAAGAACAUCGGGAACGUUUGCGUCAUGAACUGCAAAUGAAACGUGAAGCAGCAAAAGUGGGCAAUUUCUACGUACCGGAUGAACCGCGUCUUGCGUUUGUUAUCCGAAUUCGUGGUGUCAAUCAGAUGCAUCCACGUCCCCGUAAAGUGCUGCAACUGUUCCGUUUACGCCAAAUCAACAACGGUGUUUUCAUCAAGCUGAACAAGGCAACGCUCCAGAUGCUCCGCAUCGUAGAACCAUACGUAGCCUGGGGAUAUCCGAGCAUGAAAUCGGUGCACGAUUUGAUCUACAAACGUGGAUAUGCAAAAAUCAACGGGCGUCGUGUACCGCUCACCGAUAAUUCGAUUAUCGAAAGAGAUCUUGUGCAUCAGGUCUACAACGUUGGUCCAAAUUUCAAGCGGGCAACAAACUUUUUGUGGCCCUUCAAGUUGAAUAAUCCAACAGGCGGCUGGACAAAGAAGACGAAUCAUUUUGUUGAAGGUGGUGAUUUUGGCAAUCGUGAGGAUCAGAUCAAUGCGCUGCUCAAAAGAAUGAUUUAA